UCACAUGAUCGCGUUGGGAGCUAACCAGGAAAUCGAGGGUUGUUUAGGGUGAAAGAAGAGGAGCAGAUGCUCUAAUCCGCGCUCACAAGCAUGUCUCUUUGCAAAACCCGCCCGUUUUUUGUUUUAUUGGUAAUAAAUAUUUACUCUCUCGUGUCCAGCGACGGAGUAAACCUCGGCGCUUCAGAUUCAGUGGACAAACUGGGACAAACGCCGUCUUUGAGCCAUGUUGUGGUGAACUCUCCUGUUUUCAAGCCUGCGUUGGACUCCUCAUUCUCUAUCAGUCUGCUGUCCUCCUUCCCUGAAGACCUGGAAAUCAGUGACUACUGCAGCGAGCUGCUCCACAUAUUCGGACAGCGGUACGUGACCUACGUGAACUGUCUCAUACCUGCCGCUCGACCCGUCCAUGUGUGUCAGAACUGUUUCGCCAGUUAUCGCAGCCUCUUGGACAUCUACGCGAACAUAUCAUCGGAACAGAUGGGUCCUGGUAAUGUGAGCUGCAAGGACAGUCUUCUGCGCAGUGAUCGGCUGAUGCUGGUUUAUCUGCUGUACAGCAACCUGGAGGGUCUGUGGACCAAAUCAGACUGUAAAUACUGCAUCACUGAGGGACUUCAGAGUCUAACCAAUGACACACUGUACUUCAUGAUGACUCUCAACCAAACUCUCACCUGCUUUGAGAAGUAUCAACAGGGGAAUCAUACAGAGCUAUGCAAAAACUGUAAAAGCUCAUACAAAGGCCUGAAUGAGCUGUACAGCAGAAUGGAGAACAAUCAUACUCUGUGUAUCGACAUAGAGGAUGCGAUGAAUAUGACACGCAGACUGUGGAGUAAGAAUUUCAAUUGUUCCUUCCCCCGUGAGGAGACGGUGCCUGUCAUCGCUGUGUCCAGCUUCAUGCUCUUUCUGCCCAUCAUCUUCUACUUGAGCAGCUUCCUUCACUCUGAACAAAAGAAACGCAAGCUCAUACACCCCAAGCGAGCAAAGUCAUACACCACCUUGAUGAACAUUCAGGACAAACUGACCUGAAGAGGAGAGAGGUAAUCACUGAAAUGGAGGACAGCGGUUUUCCUUUUUAUAGAGAGUUGCAAGAUUUGACCGUUCACUGUCUCGUGCCUGAGGUUUGACACACCUCCUGUUUGUGAAUGUAGAUCCCUCAGCUGCUGCUGUGAUACUAGUCAGUAUUCAAAGGACUUCAAGGAUCAAAACAAAUGAAACUGAAAGAGAAAUGCACUGGAAUUUUUAUUGCACAAAAUGGACUUUGGGAACAUUAUACAUUUGGUUUCACAUCCUUACAGCCCUCUUCUCAAAAUGUAGUAAGUGGUUUCAGAAAACAUGAAAUAAAAACAUGCAGAAGUUAGAUUUUCUCAGAUUUAUAGCAAAAAAAAAAGGACAAAAAAAUUUAGAAAUUGUCCAGACAUUGUGUUUGACUCUGGCUCUUACUACCAUGUUUAAUAAUCAGCUUUCUUUUGUUAAUUUGAACUUAUACUUUGGAUUUCCAAGAGACAGGACCUGUGUUGGAAUCAAUGUCAGGCGCAUCCAGCAGUCUGAGACACACAGCUGUCAUUGGAAAGAGUGAAUGGCUUGAAUUGUGUGUGUGUGUGUGUGUGUGUGUGUGUGUGUGUGUGUGUGUGUGUGUGUGUGUGUGUGU